AUGCAGAGUCGCGAUGUCCGAGCCUGGCUACCCAGUGAAGCACCCAUCGCGGAUAUCGCUGGGAUAGGAGUGUUUGUCGGGUUCGUUAGCACGAGCUGCCUUGCGCUGUCGUCGUUUCUCUUGUGCUACAUACUCUUCCACAAACCGGAGCAGGAUCCGUUCGGCGAUACGUGGCCUGCAAGCUACGCGCCGAACGAGAUCGAUGCACUGGUCCUUGGAAAUGUGCGAGGCUUCUUCAAGAGAUUCGGCGUCGAACUCCACUGGCUGGAGCAGAAAAGGAGAUCUACGAGAUUCGAGGUGCUUCUGCAGCGGGUCAUAUUAGCGACCCACGACGCGCAGGUUGCUUCUAGCAUUGCACUCUUGAUCUACAGCUAUAUAGUCGCAGAAUAUAUGGUCGCGUACCAGUGGCUAUUUGUCACCUAUGUGGGAGUGCUCGCGUUCACUACAAGUCUGCUCUCGCUCUCCGCUCUCCGCAGGAAUUUCAUCGAGCGUCCUUACAAGUCAGCCUGGAGAGUCUUCUUAAUGAUGUGCCACUUCGUGGUCCUAGCAGCAGCCAUGGUACCAGCGGCCAAAAUAAGGGGCAGUAUAGCCUACGGCGUGGACAGGCGGGCGGUGCUCGCAAGACCCGCGAGCGACUACUUCUUGCACGGCAGGGCGUACUUUGACAUGAGCCAUGGCGCGCACUCCUCCGCCCUCCUUGACGCCAUCUUGAUUUCGUGUUUCCUGUUCGCGGCUCUCUUGUACAGAGUUAUUCGGCUACUAGCCAAGCCGGCUCAGUUGGCGAUGCGGCUUCGCCGCACCCUGAGGACCGACAUGGAGGACUCCCUGGUAAGUGACCGCGUUAUUGGUGGCUGGGCUGGUGAGAUAUAUACCUUCUUUGUUGUACGCCCUUUCCUGUCGAUAUAUCUUGUCAGUCGCAUCUACGUGGAGACUGCGAAUUCGGUGCUUGCCGAGAUUUUCUGGCCCACGGCCAUGGGGAUAUGGGCUCUAUGUCACUUGAUCGAGGUUCGACGCUGGGGUUUCGAGUCCGAACUUGACCAAAAUCUUGGGUGGACCUUCGCUCAAGUCACUGUCAUUGUCUUGUUUCUAGCCCCUUUGAGGUUGCUCGUGGAAUUCAUUUGCAGACUUUUCUAUAACGACCGCAAAUUAUCGUUCGCUGACGAAGAGUUUGAGCCAGCCUCACAACCCGGGCCAGAGAACCCAAGAAUCGAUACUAACGAUGAUCAACCAACCGCAUCAGACAUUGAGCGAAUAGACCACCAGGGAGAUAUCGUCGAUGAGGACGUGCAUCAACUGCUCAGCCGGAAUGUCUACCGCACCUCUUCCUGGUUCAGUUUGGCGCUGCCAACGGUCGCAGCAACCAACGUGCUGUUCAUUAUCCUCCUGCUGGUCGGCCCCACUGACGGCAACGGCUCUCGCUUCCUCGUCGAGACGCUGGCCCUGACGUCCUUCUGGUACUUUGUAUACCAGUCACUGCUGCUCUGCGCCUUUUUCCUGACCAGCAUGGCUGUCCAAGACAGGGUUCGGCACCAACGGACGGCGCUUCAAGUGUACCGGUCCAGCGCUGCCCUUGCCGUGGGCCUGUCCCUGGCCUCGGUUCUCGACACCUUCUACGGCCCCAUAGGGGGCGCGCCCAUGUCCUACGUCGGACUGGGCAUAGGCGGACUCUUGGUGGUCCUAUAUAUCGGCUACGGCUGCGCGAGCACGGCCGCCGGCCCUCGGCAGCGGCGAGGCGGGGACUUGGCGGACGUGGAAGAGCAGCAGGGGCUACUAGGUAGCCGAGAAACGGACUGA